CUGUGGAGACUAAGUCCCAGAAUGCAGCGCGCCUCUCGGCGCUUCCCAGCUCUGAAACUCCAGCUUUAUUCCCCAGUUACACGGUGCGCUUGUAGGGCGCUCUGGCUUCUUGGGAUUGUAAUCAGCUGCCAAGAGAGCCCAAGAGUAGCCCAGCACAUUCAAAUUUGUGCUCUUGAUCUCCGACUUAAUUACAUUUGUCCCUGCAUUUGAUGGCCCUACAGAAUAAAUGCUUAGCCCUGGGCUAUCUAGCACUCAGUUUGUGGGAAAAUGUUCAGGGAGCAGCACAAUCUUUAGCGGCGGAUAGGAGGGUGGUGGCGUCCUAGAGUCCAUAAACCGGAGCUUGAAAGACUUCCAGCUGAACUCUCAUCUCUCAACACUGGCAAAUAUUCAUAAGAUCUACCACACCCUUAAUAAGCUAAAUCUAACAGAAGACGUUGGCCAAGACGAUCACCAAACAGGAAGCUUACGGUCUUGCAGUUCUUCGGACUGCUUUAGUAAAGUGAUGCCCCCAAGGAAAAAGAGAAGACCUGCCUCUGGAGAUGACUUAUCCGCCAAGAAGAGUAGACAUGACAGCAUGUAUCGAAAAUAUGAUUCAACUAGAAUUAAGACGGAAGAAGAGGCCUUCUCAAGUAAGCGGUGCUUAGAGUGGUUCUAUGAAUAUGCAGGUACUGAGGAUGUUGUAGGUCCUGAAGGAAUGGAGAAAUUUUGUGAAGACAUUGGUGUAGAACCUGAAAAUGUAGUUAUGCUUGUCCUAGCUUGGAAAUUGGAUGCACAAAACAUGGGUUACUUUACUCUCCAAGAAUGGUUAACAGGAAUGACUUCUUUACAAUGUGAUACAACAGAAAAACUCAGAAAUUCUUUGGAUUGCUUGAGAUCAUUAUUAAACGAUUCUACAAACUUUAAGCUUAUUUAUAGAUAUGCAUUUGACUUUGCACGGGAAAAGGACCAGCGCAGCCUAGACAUAAACACUGCCAAGUGCAUGUUGGGACUGUUAUUAGGAAAAAUCUGGCCCCUUUUUCCAGUUUUUCAUCAAUUCUUAGAGCAAUCAAAAUAUAAAGUGAUUAACAAAGACCAGUGGUGCAAUGUGCUUGAGUUCAGCAGAACCAUUCAUCUUGACCUCAGCAACUACGACGAAGACGGAGCAUGGCCAGUCUUGUUGGAUGAGUUUGUGGAGUGGUACAAAGAUAAGCAGAUGUCCUAGGAAGGACUAUGUGCAUAGCAGCGCGAGAGUCACUGUUACCACAGUUAUGUCACCCAUUAGCCAUAAAUUGCUGUUUGUAUCAAAGCGCAUGCUGCUUCUCUUGCACUGUCUCCCUUUGCAGGGAUGUUUUGGUGUUUGCUGUUGAAUGGGCCAGCUCUGCUUGCUGUGUAGCAUUGUUCUCUUGGAAGGCUGCUUUCCAGUUUGUAUUUACACUACAGAUUGGUGAAUUUGCCAACGUCCUCACUGUGAUUAUGUGUAUAUUGCUGUUUAAAUUUUGUAUAUGUGUAUAAAAAGCUUCACCUAGAGAUUAUUUCUGCAAAAAUGUAUUGUAAAAAUAAUUUUGUGGCAUAUUUCUAGUCCCUUUUUUCAAAUGAACCAGUUAUAUUUUGUUUGGUCUCAAAUGUAGCAUUUCAGAAAACAAGACGAAACAACCAUUACUGUGAGCAAGUGUUGCCAGAACUAACCUUACUGUUUAAAAGAGGCCAAUUUCUGGAAAAGGAGGCAGGAGUAAUAACAGUGGCUCAUGCCAGAUAUCAUUUGUUUUACUUGAUGAUAUUAGCAUUCUAAAAUGAUGAAAGUUGUAAUUGACUGUGUAACAUGCCGCAAAUGAGUUUUACCGUGCAAGAUACAAUUUUUUUUGUUUUGUUUUGUUUUUUAAUGUUGAAAAUAGUAGCUUGAAUGUAGGUACAAAUGAACAAAUUGAAAGUGCACCUUUUUUUAAGAAUUCGAGUUUAAAUUCUCAUAAACUUUCUUUAAUGUUUUUCCCUUGUUUGCCCUUUUGAAUUCCUCCAUCCAGUGGUCUGCUGAUACUCUCUAUGCCACUCUGACUAAAGUUGAUUUUGCCGCUUCCAUGAAAACAUACUGGCUUCCUGGCAACUUAUAACCUCAGAGCACUGUUAGUUGUGGCUUGAAUAUUUUAGUUAAAUUUCACAGUAUCUAAUUUUGAGUUUUUUAAAAAAGAAAUUAUGAGUGAGAGGUGUUUUGUUUUGUUUUUCUUGUUUAUUUCAUGCUAGGCUUUUCCUGGCAACGUGUUCAUUGCAGGCAGUGGACACGAAACCACCAGCAAUUAGCUAAACCUUAUCACACUCUAGGACCUUUCCUGGAGGGGCCACUUGUCAUUACCUGAAUCAUUUGUACAGAAGAAUGAUAGUCAUUAUUUAUGUGUAUGAGGAAACAAUGGUAUGUUUAGAUUUUUAUUUUAUGGUUUCUUGUUUUGUUCUGUUUUUUGCCUUGAGAAAAUGUGUAGAUUACAUGUUUCCACCCCACCUAUCUGGUGCUAUUGAAUGACUAACCUGGUCCCUAACGUUUUGCGAACAUACAUCCAAAGGUCUAAUGAUUAACCAAGUACAGAGCUAAGGUGCAUUUGAGCAAGUAGUUGCUGUGGUUGUGGGCAGUAUCCAUGCUUGAGCAUGCAGUGAUUCGGAUUAUUGGCCAAAACGUUUUAAAAUUAAAUGUGAACCUUUAAAUGAUGUUUAAUGAGUAAAGCACACAGACAAUGCUACUCUUGACCAUUGUUUUACAGUUUCUUUGCAAAUGGUGUUCUGAUUUUCGUAUUAUUUUUUUCCCUAACUGAACCACCAAAGACAAAAAUUUUGUGUAUAUAGUGUGCGUGCAUAUUCAAAAUCAUGAUAGGUAGAAUGCAGCUAUUUCGUUUUUCCUCUAAACAAUAAGGUUUGGUUUGCUGUGAAAUAAAACAAGUUUUUAAAACAAUAGCGAAUAAACAUACUUAGCCAUUCCUUGUUUUUAGUCUCACUUUUAACCUUACAGAUUUAUAUCCGUUUCCAAAAAUUAAUAUCUGGAAAGACAAGGAAAUAUCAGUAGUAUAAAACAGCGAUCGAGACUGCUCACUGAAGGGCAGUCCGAUUCACGUUUGCUAUUGCAGUGCGGAUUGGCCAUUGUCAGGUUUGGAUCUGUGGAGAACUGAAGUAUUUUCAGAUGUGCCCCAGUGAAAUGUUUAAAUAUCACACCUUUAAAGGCAGCAGGCCUUAAAUUUGAUCAACCUCUGUUUUGCAGAAAGCAAAUAUAAAUCAUAGAUAAAAUUGUUUUUCAGUGUUAGAAUCUGGAGAAUUUUUUUAAACACUAAGCACAGGUAAUCUUAAAAUAAAAAGAUUGUAACAAGAGAGACAUGGUACAUUUCAUCCAGAGUGAACAUUUUGAUAAGAGAAAACUCAAGUAAAAACAAUUCUAUGAUUGAUACAUGGUAUGAAAGUAAGCAUUCCAGUGGGGUAAUGGUGUACAUUGAGAAAACAGUCUCUGAACUACCUUGACAAAUAAGCCUCUGUGACUGCUGCCUGCAGAGUGCUUGCCCCUGGUUUUCUUUACUUUAUAUAUUUUUAAGGGAGAGUCAUAACUUUUUCUUAAAAAUUUGCCUAAGUUACACAGUGCUGAACAAUUCAUCAAGCACUUACUUGUGGGCUAAUGUCUAAUAAAUUUGGGUGCCUUCUUCUGGGUUUUCUUUAGUACCCAAACUUACAUCCUUUCUGUCUUGCCUUGUGUUUUGAAGUCCACUUUGCAAUGCUCUGUUUUAGGGAAUACAGGUUUUCAGGUCAGAAUUUUGUUGUUCAAUUUGCCAUACACACCCACUGUCAUGUUACAUGCCCUUUUUAUGAAGCAUGAACUUUGAGUUAAGUUUUUAUAACUCUAACUAAACAGACCUCUGGAUUCUGGUUUAACAACAGAUUUCUGUUGCCUCUUUGGUCCCCAUGCUGACAGUGCUUUUGAAAUUUAUACAGAAGGCUUUAAAAGUUAGUUUAUGCCCUCAGUUUUUAUUCUUACAACUGCUAAGAUACCUCUGUAAGCCUUAUCCUUUAUUCUUUCAUAAGUUGUAUAAUAAAUGUAUAGAACUCACUGACCAACUAAAAUGUUGGGUAUCUGUAAAUGAGACCAAAAUGUGGGUUGCUUUUUUCAUAAAGUAAUUUCUAUUGGGGGUUACUGUUAAAUGAACAGCAGCUAACCUAUAACUGUGAAUGCUUCGUGUCGUCAGUAUUUGCAUUACAUUCAUAAAAGUGUGCAAGUCCUGUGACUCCCAGCUUAACUAAAAUACUGUUAUGCCACCCAACUUGAGUACAGCAUACUGGUUUUAGGUUUUAAUGGAAUUGGUGUAAAAUGAUAUCCCAUAAAUAAAAAAGUAUUUGUGUUUGA